UUCUCACGUGACCACCUCCUCCGUCUUUCACUCCGGUCUUUCCUCUGCAACGUGUUGUGUGGGAAAGGUGUGCUCGCAGUUUGGUGAGAUUUGUAAUCUAAUUUCAGUGUAGAGAUUUUUAAUUAUUUAUUUCAAUUGACGUAAGCAAUCAUGCCUAAGGAAAAGACUCAUAUUAACAUUGUGGUUAUUGGCCACGUCGAUUCCGGAAAAAGUACCACGACUGGUCAUUUGAUCUACAAAUGUGGUGGUAUUGAUAAAAGAACCAUUGAAAAAUUCGAAAAAGAGGCCCAAGAGAUGGGAAAAGGCUCUUUCAAGUAUGCUUGGGUUUUGGAUAAACUGAAAGCAGAAAGAGAACGUGGUAUAACAAUUGAUAUUACUCUUUGGAAGUUUGAAACUUCAAAAUAUUAUGUUACUGUUAUUGAUGCCCCUGGACACAGGGAUUUUAUCAAGAACAUGAUUACUGGAACAUCUCAGGCUGAUUGUGCUGUUCUGAUUGUUGCUGCUGGUACUGGAGAGUUUGAAGCAGGCAUAUCUAAAAAUGGCCAAACUAGAGAGCAUGCCUUACUUGCUUAUACUUUAGGAGUCAAACAAAUGAUUGUUGGUGUAAAUAAAAUGGACACAACUGAACCUCCUUUCAGUGAGUCUCGUUUUGAAGAAAUUAAGAAAGAAGUGUCAGCUUAUAUCAAGAAAAUUGGUUACAAUCCAGCAACAGUUCCAUUUGUUCCAAUCUCUGGAUGGAAUGGAGAUAACAUGUUAGAGCCUAGCACAAACAUGCCAUGGUACAAAGGAUGGGCAAUAGAGAGAAAAGGUAGUAAAGCUGAUGGUAAGACCUUGUUGCAAGCAUUGGAUGCAAUGGAACCGAUCAAGCAUGGUACCCGUUUCCCUGAGAUUUACAAGAUUGGUAAUUUUUUAGGUAUUGGAACUGUCCCUGUUGGUAGAGUUGAAACAGGUGUAUUAAAACCAGGAACAGUUGUAACCUUUGCACCUGCUAACAUUACUACUGAAGUAAAAUCUGUAGAAAUGCACCAUGAAGCUCUUACUGAAGCUGUUCCAGGAGACAAUGUUGGUUUCAACGUGAAGAACGUUUCUGUUAAGGAAUUACGUAGAGGUUACGUAUGUGGAGACAGCAAAGAUAAUCCUCCCAAGAGCACAGAAGAAUUCACUGCUCAAGUAAUUGUUCUGAACCAUCCUGGGCAAAUAUCUAAUGGAUACACUCCUGUUUUGGAUUGCCACACUGCUCACAUUGCUUGCAAGUUUAGGGAAAUCAAGGAGAAAUGUGAUCGCCGUACUGGUAAAAAACUUGAAGAUAAUCCCAAAUUUAUCAAAUCUGGAGAUGCUGCUAUUGUUGAUUUAGUUCCCAGCAAACCAAUGUGUGUGGAAACAUUCACCGACUUCCCUCCAUUGGGUCGGUUUGCUGUUCGUGACAUGAGACAAACUGUGGCUGUUGGUGUCAUUAAAGCUGUCAAACCUAAAGAAGCUUCUGGAGGCAAGGUCACCAAAGCUGCUGAAAAAGCUCAAAAGAAGAAAUAACUAUCCGUGGGUGGCACGACAGAUGGUAUGCUGCCACAACCACGAUAUGGACUUUAUAAUUCUAAGUAUGACAUUCUGUCUAUAACAUAUGAUUGCUGUAAAAUUAAAUGUAAUGUUAAGUUGCCUUUUCAGUUAAUAUUAAAUGGAAGCAUUAUGUCACGUGUCAUAUUACUAUUUUUGAGCCCUUGGUUGCUUUGUCAUAUGUGUCAUCGUAAAGAAUUCAGAAGGAAAAAGCUGUAAUAUGUUAAUAAGAUCUUAAUGUAUUACUGUUGAAGGUAUAAUAAAUGUUUAAAACUA